AUGGUCAAGAUCAGCCUCAACCAGAUACCCUCUUACCAGGAGUACAAGGCGAUCGAGCACCGACCUGAGUGGCUCGGGAAGUGGCCGAUGGACGAUGACGGCGAGUACUUGCUAGGGCCCGGAGAACUGAUGUGCCGUGCGAUGAUCAACGGCCGUCUUUGCGCCACCACGAAAGCUUUCUCGUGUGUGAAGACGUUGAAGAUGCAUGUCGGCCGCCACGACGGGGUCAAGUUCAAGGCCCCCGCGCAGGGAGACAUGAGUAUCCGUUCCGCAGACGAGACUGCUGGGUACUACAACAAGAUGUCCAAACACCGGCAGGCCAUGGAGGGCAAGGGGCAGGGUGAUGACGGCUUCGAGAUGUUUCUCGAGCAUCCGGUUAUCCGCAUUCGACCACAGGCGGCCCGUGCAAUUCCCCCCUUGCCCGGACCCCUUGACGCCGACGACGCCGACGAUGACAAUGGCGACGAUGACGAUGGCGACGAUGACGAUGAAGAAGACGACGACGACGCCGCUAUCACGAAGUACCAGGCCUACUUCGACGCGGACUUGGGAAUGAAGUUUGAGCAUCCUGCUCUGCCCAAAGAGGGCGUCACCUUCGAGCAGCUGCAUCUUCUGCAGGCCAAGCGCCGAAACAAGAUCCUCGAUGAUCUCGACCGGGCGGCCGCCCAGGAACGCGGCCAGCUUGGAGCGAGCAUAGCCGCCAAGGCUACGGUGAAGCAGGAGGUUGUAUCGACCGAUGACGAUGACGACAGCGAGGACGAUGAGCUUCCCGAGAAGUGCAAGGGACCGGAGAAGAGCCAGGGUCACAAGCGACAUGGCGAGAAGGGCCCCGCCAAGGCGUCCAAGAAGCCGAAGACCGAGAACUAG